UUGUGUUCAAUUCAAAGUACAAACUUACAUAAAUUUUGAAAAUUUGUAACUCUAUUCCAAAGCAAUGCUAACACAAAUGUAUUAACGCUAUUGUAUUCCUCUUUGUCGUUAUUAUGCGCCUUAAAAAUUACCGGCUGUGUAAAAUAAUUUGUAGAAUUACCGCUUCACCGAGGUACAUCAAUUUCUAACUCACAUUUUAAGUCUAAUUUCCUUGUGCAUACCUUCCAAGUUUUCGAUGAUUUUCUAACACUCCUCUCUCGCUCUCGCUCUCGCUCACAGCACCUUCGGGUCCGCCAGUCGGUUUCGUCGGCUCGGCGCGUUCAAUGUCGGAAAUCAUUACACAGUGGCAGCCACCACUCGAAGAGCAUCGCAAUGGCCAGAUACUUGGCUACAUACUACGUUACCGUCUCUUCGGCUAUAACAAUGUACCGUGGACUUAUCAGAAUAUAACCAAUGAAGCACAGCGUACCUUUCUCAUACAAGAGCUCAUCACGUGGAAGGACUAUAUCGUACAAAUUGCCGCUUACAAUAAUAUGGGCGUGGGUGUGUACACGGACGGUGCCAAAAUCAAGACGAAAGAGGGCGUGCCUGAAGCACCGCCUACCUUUGUCAAGGUCAACGCUCUAAAUUCAACAUCGGUGCGUGUCACUUGGACACCACCUAAUCCACAACAAAUUAACGGCAUCAAUCAAGGCUACAAAAUUCAGGCUUGGCGCACUGAAGUAAUUGAGGGCGAGCCACGUGAUAUUGAGGAACGCAUGAUUACGGUGCCGCCAAGUUUACUAGAUCCGCUGGCAGAACAGACUGCAGUCAUGUCGGGACUGGAUAAAUUUAUGAACUACAAUAUUACCGUAUUGUGUUUCACCGAUCCCGGUGAUGGUGUGCCAAGCUACAAGGUGCCUGUGAAGACGCUGGAAGAUGUGCCAGAUGAGAUAAUGGCUUUGCAUUUUGACGAUGUGUCCGACCGUUCGGUGAAGGUGCUCUGGUCGCCACCAAGGAACGCCAACGGCAUACUAACCGGCUAUAGUGUGCGCUAUCAAGUGAAAGAUCGCACCGAAACUCUCAAAUCCGUCAAUCUCACUGCCGAAGACACCGAGCUGACUGUCACACAAUUGCAAGCCACCACACACUAUUGGUUUGAGAUACGUGCCUGGACAAAAGUUGGCGCUGGGCCAGCAAAAACGGCCACCAUACAGUCGGGUGUGGAGCCAGUACUACCACAUCCGCCCACCAAUUUGGCGCUCUCCAAUAUUGAAGCGUUCUCUGUAGUGCUGCAAUUCACACCUGGUUUCGAUGGUAAUUCAUCUAUAACAAAAUGGAAAGUAGAGGCACAGACUGCACGUAAUAUGACCUGGUUUACGGUGUGCGAAAUAUCCGAUCCGGACGCUGAAACACUGACCGUGACGGGUCUAAUGCCAUUUACGCAAUACCGCCUACGGCUGAUCGCUACAAAUGUCGUUGGCACAUCGCAACCUUCUGAGUCUACAAAAGAUUUCCAGACUAUACAAGCACGUCCUAUGCAUCCGCCCUUCAAUGUAACGGUGCGUGCAAUGAGUGCAACACAGUUACGUGUGCGUUGGAUUCCUUUGCAACAGACCGAAUGGUUCGGUAAUCCGCGUGGCUAUAAUGUCACAUAUCGUCAAGUGGAGAGCGAUACACGAGUACAACCGAAGAGUGUCAUGAUCGAGGAUCACACUGCCAAUUCACAUGUGCUGGAGAGCCUGGAAGAAUGGACGGUUUAUGAUGUUGUAAUGAGUGCUUGCAACGACGUCGGAUGCUCUAAACACAGCGCUAUAGCUACUGAGCGCACGCGCGAAGCAGUACCAUCGUAUGGUCCAUUAGACGUACAGGCUAACGCUACUUCUUCCACGACUAUCGUCGUGCGUUGGGGCGAGGUACCGAAACAGCAUCGCAAUGGUCAGAUUGACGGCUUCAAAGUCUUCUACGCUGCCACAAAUCGGGGCGGUCAAGUGCUACACAAAACCAUCUCCAACAACGCCUCAUUCACCACCACCCUAACAGAACUGAAAAAAUUCGUUGUCUACCACAUACAAGUGCUCGCCUUUACACGCCUUGGCGAUGGUGCUUUGAGCACACCACCGGUACGUGUGCAAACCUUUGAAGAUACGCCCGGAGCACCGUCAAAUGUCAGCUUCCCAGAUGUAUCCUUCUCAACGGCGCGCAUCAUCUGGGAUGUACCUGACGAUCCCAAUGGCGAAAUACUCGCAUAUCAGGUCACCUAUUCGCUUAAUGGUAGCGCAAAUUUAAACUACAGUCGAGAAUUUCCACCUUCGGACCGCACGUAUCGCGCGACACAGCUACUCGCCGAGCGUUACUACAUAUUUAGCGUUACAGCACAGACGCGUUUAGGGUGGGGUAAGACUGCCUCGGCACUUGUUUAUACAACAAACAACCGCGAACGUCCACAACCACCUUCAAUGCCACAGAUCUCACGCAGCCAAGUGCAGGCGCAUCAAAUUACCUUCAGCUGGACACCUGGUCGUGACGGCUUUGCGCCACUACGUUACUAUACGGUGCAAAUGCGUGAAAAUGAUGGUCCCUGGUCACUAUUACCGGAGCGUGUAGAUCCUGCGCUCACCUCCUACACAGCAACCAGUCUCAAACCCUACACGACAUACCAAUUCCGUAUACAAGCCACCAACGAUUUGGGACCCUCUGCCUUUAGUCGCGAAAGUAUUGUGGUGCGCACAUUGCCAGCUGCACCAGCUUCGGGCGUAUCGGGUCUGAAAGUAGUGCCCAUCACGACCACAUCAGUGCGCGUGCAAUGGAGCGCCUUAGAAACUUCAAUGUGGAACGGCGAUGCGGCAACUGGUGGCUAUCGCAUUCUCUACCAACAAUUGGCUGAUUUUCCAACUGCGCUGCAAGCCACACCAAAGACCGAUGUAAUGGGUAUCAAUGUGAAUAACGUUGUGCUGUCGGAUCUGCAACAGGAUCGUAACUAUGAAAUUGUAGUGCUGCCCUUCAACUCACAAGGUCCCGGACCGGCAUCACCGCCUGUGGCAGUAUAUGUCGGCGAAGCAGUGCCGACCGGCGAGCCACGUGCGGUCGAUGCUGCGCCAAUAUCUAGCACCGAGGUGCGCCUGCGUUGGAAGCCGCCUAAGCAAAGCAUGCAAAAUGGCGAUUUGUUGGGCUACAAAAUAUUCUAUUUGGUCAUAGACUCACCGCAAAAGCUGGAAGAGGGACGCAAGUGGGAAGAGGAAAUUGAAGUAGUUUCAGCCACUGCCACUUCGCACAGUUUAGUAUUUUUAGACAAAUUUACGGAGUAUCGCAUACAGUUGCUCGCUUUCAACCCGGCCGGCGAUGGACCGCGCUCAGCUGCUAUAACAGUUAAAACCUUACAAGGACUGCCGAGUGCGCCACUCAAUUUGCGCUUCGAGGAGAUUACUAUGCAAAGCCUGAAGGUGUCGUGGGAUCCACCGCGUUUACCCAAUGGCGAAAUACUAGGUUACCUGGUCACCUACGAGACCACCGAAGAAAAUGAGAAAUUCAGCAAACAAGUGAAACAAAAGGUAUCCGGCACAAGCUUGAAGGUGCAAAAUCUAGAAGAGGAAGUCACCUAUACAUUCACAGUGCGCGCACAAACGAUCGAAUAUGGGCCAGCUGUUAGUGAAAAUGUUACCACUGGUCCACAGGAGGGUUCACCUGUGGCACCGCGUGAUUUAAUCCUAACAAAGACACUAAGCGCCGUGGAAAUGCAUUGGAUCAAUGGGCCAUCGGGGCGCGGCCCAUUACUAGGCUAUUACAUUGAAGCGAAAAAACGAGAAAGAGGAGAACCAUCUUUUAUUUACGACUCCCGCUGGGAGACAAUCGAACAAACGAAUAGCGGCACCAUACAAGACUUCACAGUUAGCUAUCAAAUUUUACUGCCAUCCACUGCCUACACAUUCCGUGUGAUUGCCUACAAUCGCUAUGGCAUUUCAUUCCCUGCCUAUUCUAAAGAUUCUAUUUUAACACCAUCAAAGCUACAUCUGGAAUAUGGCUAUCUGCAACACAAACCAUUUUACCGACAAACUUGGUUUAUGGUCUCUUUGGCAGCAACCUCCAUUGUCAUCAUCAUUAUGAUUAUUUCGGUGCUAUGUGUGAAGAGUAAAAGUUACAAGUAUAAGCAAGAAGCGCAAAAAACGCUCGAGGAGUCCAUGGCCAUGUCGAUUGAUGAGCGUCAGGAAUUAGCUCUGGAAUUGUAUCGCUCACGUCACGGUGUCGGCACUGGCACCCUAAAUAGUGUGGGCACUUUGAAUCGUAGCGCAUUGGGUACACUUGGCAAAAAGUCCUCCAAUCGACCGCCAACAAAUUUACAAUUGGGCAAAAGCCCACCACGACCCUCACCAGCGUCUGUGGCAUAUCACAGCGAUGAGGAGAGCUUGAAGUGCUACGAUGAGAAUCCCGAUGACAGCAGCGUUACGGAGAAGCCGUCGGAGGUGAGCUCCUCCGAGGCAUCACAGCACUCCGAGAGUGAGAACGAGAGCGUGCGCUCUGAUCCGCACUCGUUCGUCAAUCAUUACGCAAAUGUGAAUGAUUCGCUGCGACAGUCGUGGAAGAAGCAGAAACCGGUGCGCAACUACUCCAGCUAUACCGACUCGGAACCGGAAGGCAGCGCAGUGAUGAGUCUCAAUGGUGGUCAAAUUAUUGUGAAUAAUAUGGCCAGGUCGAGGGCUCCACUGCCUGGUUUCUCCUCCUUUGUCUGACAAUCAACGGAGUUUUAAAAAAUAAUGUUUAAAAAAUAAUAAUAAUAAUAGCGAGUAACCACAAGUAACGAGUAACUGAAAAAAUAAAAGAAGGGAGA